AUGGGAUCUGUGGCCCGCGCAGGGUCAGGAACCGAUGGGUGCGCGCCCGGAAACAGCUGCCAGCAGCGCUCUAGGCUCCUGGCCAGGCGCCAUGGGCUGGUUUGCGCGGGGAAAAUCCAUCUCGAGCCCUCACGGUACCCGGCGCCCCCGCACAGCGCUUUGCCCGUGGCCCAGCGCUCUGCACUCUGGGAGCCAAGUAUUUGCACAGCCCGGGUGACCUGUUCGGUGGGGCCCCCGGUUCGGCGAGCCGAGUGGGAGACCGACUCCGCCCUGGGUCCCGCAGAGCCCUGCAGAGCCAGAGCUCCAGCAGCCAGGGCUCGGGCAAUUAUUGGCGCCUUUUUUGUUGGAAGUUUCAGCGUGAGUCUUGUGGUUUGGUUCCAGAACAGCGAUGGAGAAAUUAAAUACUUGCAGUUAGCAGAAGAGCUAAUUCGUCCUGAGAGAAACACAUUGGUUGUGAGUUUUAUAGACUUGGAGCAAUUUAAUCAGCAACUUUCCACCACCAUUCAAGAAGAAUUCUAUAGAGUUUACCCUUACCUGUGUCGGGCCUUGAAAACCUUCGUCAAAGACCGUAAAGAGAUCCCCCUUGCUAAGGAUUUUUAUGUUGCAUUCCAAGACCUGCCAACCAGACACAAGAUUCGAGAACUCACCUCAUCCAGAAUUGGUUUGCUCACGCGCAUCAGUGGGCAGGUGGUGCGGACUCACCCAGUUCACCCAGAGCUUGUCAGUGGAACUUUCCUGUGUCUGGACUGUCAGACAGUGAUCAAGGAUGUAGAACAGCAGUUCAAAUAUACACAGCCAAACAUCUGCCGAAAUCCAGUUUGUGCCAACAGGAGAAGAUUCUUGCUCGAUACAAAUAAAUCAAGAUUUGUUGAUUUUCAAAAGGUUCGUAUUCAGGAAACUCAAGCUGAGCUUCCUCGAGGGAGUAUCCCUCGAAGUUUAGAAGUAAUUUUGCGGGCUGAAGCUGUGGAGUCAGCUCAAGCUGGUGACAAGUGUGACUUUACAGGGACACUGAUUGUUGUACCUGAUGUUUCCAAGCUUAGCACACCAGGAGCACGUGCAGAAACUAAUUCCCGUGUCAGUGGUGUCGAUGGCUAUGAGACAGAAGGCAUUAGAGGACUCCGGGCCCUUGGUGUUAGAGACCUUUCUUAUAGACUGGUCUUUCUUGCCUGUUGUGUUGCACCAACCAACCCAAGGUCAGGGGCCCAAGAGCUCAGAGAUGAAGAACAGACAGCGGAGAGCAUCAAGAAUCAAAUGACUGUGAGGGAGUGGGAGAAAGUAUUUGAAAUGAGUCAAGAUAAAAAUCUGUACCACAAUCUUUGUACCAGCCUAUUCCCUACUAUACAUGGCAAUGAUGAAGUGAAACGUGGUGUCCUGCUGAUGCUUUUUGGUGGUGUUCCAAAGACAACAGGGGAAGGGACCUCCCUUCGAGGGGACAUAAAUGUUUGCAUUGUUGGUGACCCAAGUACAGCUAAGAGUCAAUUUCUCAAGCAUGUGGAGGAGUUCAGCCCCAGAGCUGUCUACACCAGUGGCAAAGCAUCCAGUGCUGCUGGCCUAACAGCAGCUGUUGUGAGAGAUGAAGAAUCUCAUGAGUUUGUCAUUGAGGCUGGAGCUCUGAUGUUGGCUGAUAACGGUGUGUGUUGUAUUGAUGAAUUUGAUAAGAUGGACGUGCGGGAUCAGGUUGCCAUUCAUGAAGCUAUGGAACAGCAGACCAUAUCCAUCACUAAAGCAGGAGUGAAGGCUACCCUGAAUGCCAGGACGUCCAUUUUGGCAGCAGCAAAUCCAAUCAGUGGACACUAUGACAGAUCAAAAUCACUGAAACAGAACAUAAAUUUGUCAGCUCCCAUCAUGUCCCGAUUUGAUCUCUUCUUUAUCCUUGUGGAUGAAUGUAAUGAGGUUACAGACUAUGCUAUUGCCAGGCGUAUAGUAGAUUUGCAUUCGAGAAUUGAAGAGUCAAUUGAUCGUGUCUAUUCCCUUGAUGAUAUCAGGAGGUAUCUUCUCUUUGCAAGACAGUUUAAACCCAAGAUUUCUAAAGAGUCAGAGGAUUUCAUUGUGGAGCAGUACAAACGUCUGCGCCAGCGAGAUGGUUCUGGAGUAACCAAGUCUUCAUGGAGGAUUACGGUGCGGCAGCUCGAAAGCAUGAUCCGUCUCUCGGAAGCAAUGGCACGGAUGCACUGCUGUGAUGAGGUUCAACCUAAACAUGUGAAGGAAGCCUUCCGAUUGCUCAAUAAAUCCAUCAUCCGUGUGGAAACACCUGAUGUCAAUCUAGACCAAGAAGAAGAGAACCAGAUGGAUGUAGAUGAGGGUCCAGGUGGCAUCAAUGGUCAUGCUGAAAGCCCUGCUCCUGUGAAUGGAAUCAAUGGCCACCGUGAAGACAUAAAUCAAGAUUCUGUUCCCAAAACCUCCCUGAGGCUGGGCUUCUCUGAGUACUGCCGAAUCUCUAACCUUAUUGUGCUACACCUCCGAAAGGUGGAGGAAGAAGAAGAUGAGUCAGCAUUAAAGAGAAGUGAGCUUGUUAACUGGUACUUGAAGGAAAUUGAAUCAGAAAUAGACUCUGAAGAGGAACUUAUAAAUAAAAAAAGGAUCAUAGAGAAAGUCAUUCAUCGACUCACACACUACGAUCAUGUUCUAAUUGAGCUCACCCAAGCUGGACUGAAAGGCUCCACAGAGGGAAGUGAGAGCUAUGAAGAGGAUCCCUACUUGGUAGUUAACCCUAACUAUUUGCUUGAAGAUUGAGAUACUCAAAAUCCCUGACCAGAGCCAAGGAACUGGUAUAUCACCUGCUGGCCGGAGUUUUGCAGACUCUGCUAGGAGAAAAGUGUUACUAGGAAUGGCACUUCAGGAUCUGCCUGGAGACCAAGAACAGCAUUGAUGUGUGUCACUUUCCUGUCACAUGCUUUUCUACCACCACAGACAUCACACUUCAGUUAGUGUGUUUCUUGUCUCAGUGAGUUGGAACCUAGUAACGUGUGGUCUCUCUAAGACUUACUCUAUGUGUAGGAAAAUACCUGUUAUUUUUACAGUAUUUUAUUGAGGAAAUAGCUUUUAGUUGUAACUACAGCUUUUAUUCAUCAAAAUAAAAUAAUUUGCACUCCA